UUUGUAAUGGCGGCGCCCAUGCUGUUUUUUGGAUAGACUUUCGACAUAUCAUUUUCGGCGCUUUGUGGGCACGUUCUUCGAGUUUUCUCCUCGCUAGUUUUUGCAACUAAGGUCAAGCACGCCAAGAAGCGACAUGUUUUGUCUUCACAGUUUUUCCGCGCUACUGCGGCGGUGUCAACGAGCGCGUUUUGGUGGCAGAAACGUGUGGACUACUUGGGCGGCGCGUACGACGAAGUCGACCCACGGACCGCCGGCCCGGACUCUACCGUACGAGGUGGAUUCGAACGUCGCCAAGAACACGGAACUCUACCGUUACGACAACUUUAGAGUCUUCGGGGCGCUGAGGAUAUUCAGCGUAUCACAGGUGUUCCUGUGGACGUAUCUGGCCCAUGCCUCGAAAACUCUCUUCGACGAUCCGAACCUGGUCUCGAAGGUCCGCAGCGACGGCGAAAAGAGAACGUUCGCGCAGACUAUCGCGGAGAAACUGACGGUGGACAAGUACCGUUACGGCCUGGUGGCGUUUUGUCUGCUCUUUGCAAAUGGGGUUGUGGCAGCCGCCUCGCUCUACAUGCUCAGGAGCGUGCGCUCCGUCGUGCUUCUCAAGGGGGGCCAGAGCGUCUACAUCCAGACGUACGCCCCCUUCAGGAACCUGAGGGGAUUCCAAGUCCCGUUGGACCAUCUGAGCUGCCUGCACUCGCGCGGACAGAAGAGCGCCUACAUCUCGCUCAAGGUCAAGGGUCACUGGUUCUACUUCAUGCUCGACCAGAAGGGCCUCUUUCCACACCCGAGCCUCUUCGACCAGACGGUGGGCUUGAGCAGGAGUCUCAAGUGAACGGCGACUUCCGCGAGAGCCAAACUAUGCUCCACCUCACCGUAACUUGGCAAACGGUAAGGGCUACAGUCCCGCUGAGCCAAUCCGCAUGCCAGAGGGAGACCCAUAACAGGUUAGGAGUAGAGGGUAAGCUCCUCCCACUUUAGCAGAGCAAACGCUGGAGAGAAGGCGACCUCCUCCCCAGCUUUUGUACGAGGUUUGAGUAGUACGACAGUCUCGGAGAGAUACAAAACCUGCAUACGGGACGCACGAGAGGGUCCGGGUUCGACUCUCCCCCCUUUUCCAACUGCUUAGAUUAUGCUUCCCCCCCCCCCCCCCCCCCCCCCCUGUACAUUCUCCUCCGUUGCUCAGAUUGGCUCGAGGGUACGGUAGCAUUCACUCUUUGCCAAGUUACCACGAAGUGAAGUGUGGGCAAUGUAAAAUGUGCUGGACUGUUAACAGCCCAGCAGUUGCCGCCAAGCAUAGCUACAAGAAACACUUAGUUUUACGGUGACAGCCAUUGUUGGUGAUGUUUCAUGGCAAAAGCCAGGUGUGUUUAGUUCAAGUCGUGGCAUGGCAUCAAGGUGUAGUGACGCGAUGUCACGAAAUAAUUUAGCGGCCAGAUUUUAUCACUCGUCACUGUCAUGGCGACACAUCACGCGACACUGUGACGUGACCUCGUCACGUGGUGUUGAACGAGCUGCUCGGGUGCUCACAUUAGCAUUGCAAUCGGGCAAACUCAAGUUUCUUUAACAUUUUGAGGAAGAGUAAAGCAAAAUAAAAAUAUUUAAACUAUAUCUCAUUGCUUUAGUUGUUUGUGACUUCACUGUUGUACCAUUACUAUUUGUCAAAUCUGAAAAAUACAGGCCAGGAACCCAUACACCAAAAAGACUUCAAUUCCUUAGAUAUACCGUCAACAAGAAACAAAUACUAAUGCAAGUGUCAACCAAUGGCAUCAUGCUGUUGGCAGUUGAAAUAAGAAAUUCUUUGUUACUUUAUGAGUUGUGCAAGUUUAUGAACAGUACUGUUGAUGCAAGAUUAAUUGUAAAUGUAACAGAACUAACAUUUUGGAAUCCUAAAGCUGAAAAGGCCUGUCAUUUAGGAAGACUAUUAACUCCUUUGUACUAACCCACUCUCCACACAGAACGAAACAGCAAAUCACAGAAAAGUUUCAAACGAGCAUCGCAAAAUUAUUGGGAAACCUUAAAUGGACAACCAGAGCCACUGAACAAGCUACGUUUAAGUGCCGACACCCCACAGCUGUGUUGUGGGUGCUGCCAUUUUGUCGCCUAGCCCUAGCGCAGAGCCGGUGCAAUCGGCAAUCGUUACGACUCAAAUACCGUAGAUAUGAUUCCGCUCCAUCGCAGAAUGGCUCGACGUUUCUGGAGGACGGUAAAGCUUCUCUCCCAAUUUCAGAGACAAAGCUUUCGAAAACUGGGAACAAUGAUUUUAGGCGACAAGACGGCCAAAGGUUUCAUUAGACCGAAGCUUAGCUCGUAUGGUGACUCCACACUCGGUGCGAACCAUUUCGAGUUUUGCUGCCCAGGCUAGCGUGGCUUCCGCGUUACUCGAACACUGUUAAAGAUAUUUGUGCACGCGAAUGGCACGCAAGGCGCUGCCAUGAGGGGCCGCGGCACCGAAGAAGCAACGCUAGCCCCAACAACGCGGCACGAAAAAGUCGACGCAGAGCAUGGAAGACGCCAGUAAUCGAAGGGACCCGCAUGAAGGACGACGACGAUGACGACAACCGUGAAUGU